AUGGCUUCCGUUGAAACCUUGAUUACAAGCUCUUCCACACCCUCUCAGGCGUUCGUACCGCCACCUAGGACAUCGUCGCGUGAAGUGCAGCUGACUCAGGACUGGAACAGUGUGCCCAAUGCUGCAUCUAGCGGUCAGCCCAACCCAUCGGACGCGACAGCUUUGCCAAUUCCCGAGCAGCCAACAUCUGCCCAGCAAUCAUCGAGUCCACAAGAGCGGUCGGAGAGCAUAGGUCGAGGUUCAAGACGGAGCAUAAAGAAGGGCAGCAAGCGGAAAGAUCAGGAAAGCGAAAAGGCGCCACAAGCGCCCUCAGCUGAGCAAGAGAGGCCGAAGAAGAAGGGCGGAUUGUUGGCAUUUCUGAACUGUUGUGGCUCUUCCGACACUGUUCAAGAAACUGGACAGCAAGACGCAGCUCAGCCCGCGAAACCCGCCACCAAGACCCAACCUACGCGAGCACAGCAGCCCCGGAACCCACAGAAUGUCGGCACCGCGGACACCAGCACGACCCAGGACUCGAAAGAAGUGAUCGACGAGAAAUCAACGCAGAAGCAACUUCUCGCAGAUGGAUCCAAGGUUGAAUCACGGAAGGAGGGUGCAGACGCUGAAAAGUCACAGCCCAGUGAUGGCGCCGUCGACAAGCUUGAGCCGAAUCAUCCUGGAGGCUCGCUGGCGACUGCGACCGCCAAUUCAUCUGGCGUUGCGCAAAGUGCAGAUGGAUCGUCAGGCUUGCCGAACAUUGUCACAUCCGGCCCAUCGGAUGGACCUGUCGACACAGAUCCGGCGAAUCCAUCUGUGCAAGUCCAGGCGCCCACGCCGACCGUCCCACAGCAAGAAGACCAGCCGAUCUUCGAUCGAACUCCCGAGCAAAAGCAGCUAGAUGAGGAUAUUGAAAUGUCCGACAAGCUACCUUUAUCCGAAAAGGAAGCCCAGCAAAUCGACGAGGAGCAGCACCAGCACCAGACCGAGGAAUCUCAACAGGGCUACAGCACUGGUUCACUACCGCCGCCACCGCCUUUGCCGCAGUCACAUCAAGGCUCCGGCGAUAGCACUGGCGCGAGCCAUGACACUUCACUUGUGUCUACUCCUGAGCAAUCCGGUAAGUGGUUGCUACCUCCAGUGCGACCAGAGCAUCGCGGGCGGAAGUGCUUGGUAUUGGAUCUCGAUGAGACGCUGGUACACAGCAGUUUCAAGAUACUCCACCAAGCCGACUUCACGAUACCCGUGGAGAUUGAGGGACAGUACCACAACGUGUAUGUCAUAAAACGACCUGGCGUGGAUCAGUUCCUCAAGCGAGUUGGAGAACUGUACGAGGUGGUGGUGUUCACGGCUUCGGUCUCGAAGUACGGCGAUCCUCUGCUCGACCAACUGGACAUCCACGGCGUCGUGCAUCAUCGGUUGUUCCGAGAGAGCUGCUACAAUCACCAAGGCAACUAUGUCAAGGACCUGAGUCAGAUCGGUCGCGAUCUGAAGGAGACGAUCAUCAUCGACAACUCACCGACGAGCUACAUCUUCCAUCCUCAACAUGCCGUGCCAAUCAGCAGUUGGUUCAGCGACGCUCACGACAACGAACUUCUGGAUCUGAUCCCGGUCUUGUACGAUCUGGCUGGUUCACAGGUUCAGGAUGUCAGUCUCGUGCUGGAUGUCGCCCUCUGA